AUGCUGUUCCGCUUCAUAGCAUUAGUUUCUUCCAUUGCUGUCAUUCCUAUAUUGUUUUCGAUAUGGCUUGAGUACGUCCCUCUACAUGAGCUUCCUUCUAUAGCCAAGGAUGGUUUUUGGGGACCUGGUGAGCCUUACAUGGAUGAUGGGCGCAUUGAAGUAUUCAAGGUGGACAUUCCCGAUGAGCAGAUCGACGACUUGAAGUCCCAUAUUAAUCCUGAUCGUCUAGUACACCCUCUGGAAGAUUGUACAAAAUCGCAAACUAGACAUGAUCUCAUGCGAAAUCUGUCCAAAGUGAUGAGUUUAUUUGACUGGAAGCAACAUCAGCAUUUUCUGAACACUUUCAAGCAAUAUAGAACUGAGAUUGAAGGGUUGCAAAUUCACUUUUUACGGAUUUCUCUGCCGAAGGAAAAAGGAAAAGAUACUAUACCAAUUUUGUUACUGCAUGGUUUUCCUGGAAGUUAUUGGGAUUUCUACAAGGUAAUUCCAAUCCUCACAAAUCCCGUUCGAUUCGGAUUCGAUUUUGGCGUAAAGAAGCCGUUCCAAUUUGAAGUCAUCGUGCCGAGCCUUCCAGGAUUUUUAUUUUCUUCAAAGCCAUCGAAGAAAGGUCUGUCAUCACCUGACAUAGCCAGAAUUGCGGCAAAGUUGAUGGAACGAUUGAGCAUUGAACGUUAUUUUGUGCAAGGCUCAGAGCUGCUAGGAGCUGAAGUAGCUACAGCUCUGGCAGCAAUUUAUCCAAAGCAAGUCAGAGGUGUUCACUUAGGCAAUCCAUUGGUUCAUCCUGGAUUUUCGUUGCAGGUAUCCACGAAGCAUAUUUUGGAGUCUUUCUACAGUUGUAAUAUUUAUAAUAGCUUCUUUGGACGGACUGGUGAUUUUCUCGACAGGUUUAACAUCGAAGUGAAAAAUUUUGAAGCAAUAGGCGAUUCUUUGAACUCUUCUCCAUUGAGUAUCGCAUCUUACUUGACGUCUGUAUGGUCCCUUUUCUCCAGCCAUGAUCCCUCAAGACCAUUGAGUCAGCUCUUCACCCUAGAUGAGCUUGCUACCAUAUCAUAUUUUUACUACCUCACCGAAACCACUCCUCAUGCACUGAGAAUUAUGAAAACGAUUCUUAAUAACGACGAUGAAAGUGAAAGGUAA